UUGUUAGUUCAUUGCCAGCUCUGAAAGAGAGUAGAAUACGAGAAAAAAAAGCAGUUUUGUCGUUUCGGUGUAUGGUUCUUUUUUUGUGUCUUCACUGUAAUCGCGCUUUUAUGAAAGAUUCAGUCGAAUAUUGAAUAAAAUUGAAUGAUAAUGCGGAAACGUAUUGUAUCGGUCAUAAAAUUGAAUCUUUUUUUAUUGUUGUUAAAGAUCUCAACGGAACGACAAUCAUUUUGUUGAUCAAUGCUACUAAUAAUACUAUGAAUUCUGUGUAAAUAAAGUAAUAAAUAAAACGUUGAAUCAGAGUGUGGCAGAGUGUUGUAUAGCGUAUAUAAUAGACGAUUAUGUACGUAGUAAAACACACAUCACUAUCCGAAAAAAUAUUAUUAAGUUUGUGUGUGCGCCGCGAGUAUAUUAUAUAUGGCAAAUCUACAUAUAAGUUAGGUACACAUUGAAAAGGAAAGAAAAAAAAACUUUAAAUUUGUUGUAGCUGUUUUCUAUGCAGUUGACGGAAUAUUAUUUUCCAACCAAAAAGCAUUUCGAACUUUUCUGUCGAACGAACCGUUUUUUCCAAUAAAAGCAACCAAAUAAACGUUGAACUUCAUCGUUACAUUGAACGGUUAAUAAAAUCGGAUUGUUCAGGAAGUUGUCAGUCGCGCCGUUUGUGACACAAAACAACAACAAAACCAAAAAAAUAAUAAAAAAAAAAAUUUAAAAAAAAGCCACCAGCCAACAAAGUGAAAAGAAAAUAUAAAAAUGAUCUCAUACCAAACGUGAUCAACAUUAAAUCAUUCCAUUUAUAAAUUUUAAUUGAGUUCAAAGAAUAUAAUCUUGUGCGAGUAAAAUCAGAAAUAAAUUUUCAAGUAUAAUCGAGGAAAGGGAUUACAUUAAUAUAUCGAAAAUAUUGAUAAACCCAACCCAAUUAGGCACACACACAGGAUGAAUCCCAUCAACUCGUCCGUUUAAAUCAAGAAGAAUUUUUUCGUUUGUUUGUUUUUUCGUGUGUGUUGCUCCUUCUUCGGUGUGUGGAAUAAUUACAAUGAAAGCGGAACCAUUGCCGACAGAAUGCUGCGAAUGUAAUUAUAGUACUACAAAUGGAUCAAAUGGUCGAUUAGAUUCGGAUGAAGUGGCGAUGCGACCGAACACUUUGAAUGUUACGCGAAACGACCGAAAUGUGGAGUCGAAAAAGUUCAUCAGAGAAGCUUUGUAUGCCUGGCGUGCUAAAGCAAGAUGCAAUGUUGUACCUGCAGAAAGACUGUAUGAUCUCUUUAGAGAGCUAAAUUUUAAUCCAACUGAAAAACAAAUCAACGAAAUGCUGCAAACGGCGAAACUAUUUGCUCGGCGCAGCAACAAUUUGGAUGCCAGUAAAAAGCACAUGAACGGCCUCACAUUCGGCGAAUUCUGUGUGCUGGCAACAGAUUUGAAACGAUUUCGUACAUACCAUGCGUCGCAAGGUCAUGACCAAAAAUCUUCAAGCUCUCUGUCAUCAUCAUCAUCAUCAUCAACACCAGCAUCAUCAACAUCACAAAAAGCAUCAACCACAGCAGCGACCGAUACAAAUUCAGAUUCAAAUUCCGAUGGUCAAUCACAUUCAAAAACUGACCCUAUUGACAAGACCUACAAACAACCAUUUUCAACCAUUGAUAUUAAUGCACCGGAAGUAUUCCUGGGUGGAUCGUGCAAUCCAACAACGUGGCGCAAAGAUGUUGCCAUUCCGGCGCUCGAUGAACUUGGAAUCUCGUUUUAUAAUCCGCAAGUGUCCGAUUGGACUCCGGAUCUGAUUGAAUUGGAGCACCGAGCCAAGGAGAAAGCUCGCGUGUUAUUUUUCGUAAUGGAUUCCGAAACCCGGGCAUCAGCCGGGGCAAUUGAAGCAGCUCAUAUUGCUGGACAGAAUUCGAGGCAUUUAGUGUUGGUACUUCAUCCAUACAAACCUGAGCAGUGCAUUUUAAAUGAGCCCAUUUCUUCGCAAGAAUACAUCGAUUUGAAGAGGAACCAAGAGUUACUUAAAGAAUUAGUGAUACGAAGAGGUAUUCCUGUUUUAGACAGCAUUCCGUCUGGAUUACAGAGAACUAGAGCAAUAUUAACCGGUGAUCUGGGACGAUCGCCCCCAUCAAAUGUUUCAUCCAGACUCAAACUGGUGCGUCGAGCGUUCGAUAGAGUAGCUGACAAAUCUUUGCAUAAUAAAAUAACAUUGGCACAGUGUCAGUGCGCUCUGAGCUAUCUGGGCUAUCCGCAAAAUUUGAUUUCUACGAAUUGCCUGACCGAAAUAAUCGACAUACAUCGAGAGAAUGGGCGAACUCAAGAGGUUCGAUCAAUUUCGAGCAUUCACGACUGUUCGAUAACAUUCGAUGAGUUCUGCAUGAUCACAUCGUAUUUGGCAAUUUUGCAGCAAGAGAUUCAUGAAAGUGGUUGCAUUUCACCGAUAAAAGGGACCAAUUUACCACCACCGCCAAUCUUCUUGACAAAUACGCCGGAACUUAUGCACAACACGCCCAACGAUCAUCUGACGGUCACCUACAACACAACGUAUUCAAAACAAAUAUUUCGAACAAGCAGCUGCAAAAGUGUGCCGGAAGAUCGAUUCAAUCGAACCGAUUUGUAUCGGAAUCGCGACAGUGGCACAUCAUCACCGCAAGAAUUGAAAAAUAUUGUGGCCAAGGUGUCGCAAUUGGAAAAGAAAACAAAAAUUUCGCUAAACGUCGAGUAUUUUGCCAGCGAACAGGAAGAGGAGAGCGAUUCAAACGAUUCAGUAUUUUCCAGUGGCAGUUCCAUCGAUUCGAAUCACAUUGAGCACAAUCGCCCGAAUAUGAUCGAAAUCAAGGAUUUGUACUUAGGCGGCAGCUGUAUGUUAAGAACAACGUGGCGAAAAGACUUUGUGAUACCGAUGCUGAAUCAAAUGGGCAUCAGCUACCAUUUGCCCAUGUUACACGAAAGUAUUUUCAACGGUGACUCGACGCACCAGCUACCGGGACCGGUGAAAGUGAAUGGUGAAACGGAAUUGGCCUACUGCGGUGAAGUGUGUUCGUCGACAGACUUUGCCCUGCCAUCCAUGUUCAAUCCGGCCAUAUUAGAUGCUAGUCGAGUUCUACUGUUUGUCAUCACCAACGAAACACGAUCAUUGGCUCCGAUGACAUUGGCAGCUCAUUACAUUGGUCUAGGCUAUAAUGUUGUCCUGUGCGUACAAAUGCUACCCGAAUUUUGUGUGCUGGGAAAUGAUCGGCUAACACCAGCUGCGAUCAAGGAUUAUAAUCGCGGUCGAUCGUAUUUGAUUGAUUUGGCGAAGCGGCAAGGUGUACCGGUAUUUAGUGAUCUUAAGCAGACUAUAGAUUGUGCAAUAGAAAAGGUGAAAUCAUCUAAUUCGAGGAAUUCGAUUUGAAGUCAAUUCGGUGUGUAGAGUUAGGUGUCUUGGGCUGAUAUCGUUCAAUAUUGUGGAACAAUUCAAAUUAAAAUUUUUUUUCAUUUUUUUUUUGUUAAAUUCUAACCCUGGUCAUCGGUGUGGAUGGUGUAGUCAAAUUUUUUUUUUAUAUUUCAAAAUUUAUCUUUUCACCCUAAUUGAAUUAAAGUGAAAAACUAUUAUUAAAUGUAACAACAAAGCAACAACAAGAAAACAAACAGAAUAAUUUUAGACGUAAGGACAGAUUGUAUAAAUUAGUGGAUAUUGUCUUUCAAAUUUAGUGAAUGUUUUUUUUUUCAAUUGUUAAUAUUUAUCCUCCUAUUUAAUGAAAUUAAAUUAGUUAUGUAAGCGCGCAGAAGUUCGUCGAAAAAAAGAAGAAAAUGAAUGAAAAGUAAGUUGCACAACACUAAUAACCCCCAUCUACCCCCCAAAAAAUUCAUAUUAAAUUUAAUGAUAAAAAGAAGAAG